UCAACUCACAGAAUUCCUUACCAUUAAACAAGCUGACUAGGGCUUCUGUGAUGUCAUAGGCAAAUUUACUUGAAAUGACACUGUUCGUAAGUAUAGGUAACCAUAUAGGAAAGUAAUUUGCAUCAGUCAAGCAAGAAUUACCAGUUGGUGGCUUCUUGAAAAGAAUUCCCAAGUUUUAAAGCUAUUAUGUAAAGAUAGAAAGAUAAAAGUAGGCAGGGGGUAAAAGUCCAAAGAUGGUACUCCCUUUCAUAGCCAAAAAAAAAACCCCCAUUAAGAAUAAAAGGUAAUUAAAAGAUGUCAAACGUGAAGAUGUCGAAAACAAUUUGCUUAAAACUUCAUGUAUGCUAUAGAACCUAGUACACUUUUUUGUUUCCAUAACUGUUAGUAUGUUAGGCUAGCACUACGGUUCUGUUACUUUAACUGGCAAAAUAACAAAAUUUAAUGGUUGUGCUAAUUGAUAUUUGAGAUUGGCAAAAAAAAAUGUACGGCAUGAUCCUAACCCUGGUUGUUUUUCUUCCAACCGUGCAGCUGUAAAUUCCCAAGGGUUAUCCAGGCUCCUCUGAAUCGGCAAGUGUUCUCAUUUGUUAAGGGACAUGCUACCUCUGGCUAGUUGUGAAUAUUGUGUUGUUUCUUGAACUAUCCUGAGUCUCUUAUAAAAGUUAGAACCUUUGUUGGAAAUUUACUUGUUCUGAUGUUACCUGUAGACCACAGGUAAAUAACCGCUUAGUAGGUUAUUUACCUGUGCUUUCAAGCACAGUAGAAUUUAAUCUGGUUUCUCAAGGAUUCUGCAACUCCCCUCUUAAGUGAUCCCCCCAAAAACUCAGUGAUAGAGUUAUCUCAAGGCAGAAAUAACCAGAAGCAACAUUAGCUACCGGUGACUUUGUCUACCCAUCCAUCACUGGAGUAAACAAUAAUGGGGCACCUUCCCAGCAGUGUUGCCAUCAGUUGCUCACUAUUAUAGGAAAUAGAAUUCCAAAUGGUCUUCUUUGAUUACAGUAGUAAUUGACUAAUAAGGCCACAUAAGUGUUGGAAUUUGGUAAUUGACAGUAUCUCAAAUGCGAUCCUUUCAUACUGGUUUUGCGACAGCUGUUAUACAACAGCCCUGAAUUACUGAGAUGCCUGUUUGCCUUCCAGCAAAAUUAUCCUGUCUCGCCGUCAAUGCCUUGUAAAAAUUGAGUGGAGAUCCAUUUUCACUGCAGUGGACUUAGAAUAGCGUAUUUUGUGACUAGUUAAUGCUGGUUGUAUUUCCUCAAAAUGCAGUAGUCAUCCAUAAAGCACAGUAUAUCAACUGAUGGCAUGUUAUCUCUAAGUCUACAUGCCUGAUUGAAAGUCCAGGGUUUUUCUCUUAGAUAAAAACUAUCUAGAGGAGUGUUGCAAAGAUAAAUACAAAGGGGGUUAAUGCUGAAUCCAGUACUAUACUGGUCUACCAGAGAUCAUUUUUGAAAGGAAUAGAGAAGAUUGCAUGUGUUGGAAGGACAACUCCCAUGAGCCCCAACAUAUAGGAUAGAGAUGAUCAAGUUUGGAGAGGAGAAGCAGUUGGUUCCACCUACCUUGAACUAAGGGCUGUCUCAUUUGUACUUCUGUUUGUGAAAUAUUAAUAAAGAGAAAAAAAUUACUGGUAUUCCAAUAACCUCUGUAACAAAAACUGAAAAAUCUUAAUCUCAACUUCAUUCUACACUGUUUUGACAAUUCAUAAUCCACGCGUUCCCUUAACUAGGAUACUGCAAGUGGAAUACUGCUAAUGUUAAUAUUCUAAUUGGAUUGGAUAAAUCAAUAGCUCCCAGUGUGCAUAAUCUACAAUCUGAUUUGGUAUGAUCUCAUUAAUGUCCUUGUUAAUCUGUCUUUGUUGCCUUCUGCAGCAAUUUAUGGGAAAUGGGUUUGCUGCUUGAUAAUUUUCAAAAUGUACAUCCGAUUAUGCCUGGUGCGUUACAUCUCCCGAGGGAUUGGGAGGUAUCCACAACGUUCAUGUUUGUCAUACAUUUGAGAUUCCUAUAUCCUGCCCAUCGAACCGAUGGAUGACGUCACCAUCCUAGACCUCUCUUCUCUGCCUGCAGGAGCCAGACGUGCAGAUGCAGACGCAUCUCUGGAUGCUUUGCGGAUGAAACAAGCAGAGCAGCACCUUCACAAAACAGACUUCCGGCUUUGGCUGGCCAGCAAAACAGCCUAGAAGUGCAUCGGGUUGCUAUGAGUUUUCCGGACUGUAUGGCCAUGUUCCAGAAGCAUUCUUUCUUGACGUUUCACCCACAUCUAUGACAGGCAUCCUCAGAGGUUGUGAGGUCUGUUGGAAACUAGUCAAGUGGGGUUUAUGUAUCUGGAAAGUCCAGGGUGGGAGAAAGAAUUCUUGUCUGUUUGGAGGCAAGUGUGCAUGGUGCAAUUGGCCACCUUGAUUAGCAAUGAAUUACAGUAGAGUCUCGCUUAUCCAACGUUCUGGAUUAUCCAACGCAUUUUUGUAGUCAGUGUUUUCAAUGCAUUCUGAUAUUUUGGUGCUAAAUUCGUAAAUACAGUAGUUACUACAUAGCAUUAAUGUAUAAUGAAUUACUUUUCUGUCAAAUUUGUAUAACAUGAUGUUUUGGUGCUUAAUUUGUAAAAUCAUAACCUAUUUUGAUGUUUAAUAGGCUUAUACAUACAUAUGUAAUGUGCGUAAUUCCCAUGGAGUAAGCAACAAAAUCACUGGACCAAAUCACAUCAAAUUUGGCCACAAAAGACAUUAAUCAUCCAAUCAAUCUGCAGGCAGCAGCGUGUCACCAAAAAUGGCUAGGUGUGUCAGUGCUGACACACGUAUCAUGGAUUAGCCAUCACUGCAGUAGACCUUGAAGCUGCAAGGCCAUUCAAUGCUAAUCAAGGUGGCCAAGUGCACCAUUCAUACUUGCCUCCAAAAAGACAGGAGUUCUUUCUCCCACCCUGGGCAUUCUACAAGCGAUAUAAACCCCCAUUGCCUAGUUUCCAACAGACCUCACAACCUCUGAGGAUGCCUGCCAUAGAUGUGGGUGAAACGUCAGGAAAGAAUGCUUCUGGAACAUGGCCAGGCAGCGAGGAAAACUCACAGCAAUCCACUGAUUCUGGCCAUGAAAGCCUUCGAAGGCACAGAAGGGAUAGUGUUUUUAAAUCAAAGCUUUCCAUUAGUGACAACAUCCUGAUUCGAGGAGAGGUUUCCACCCAAGGUUUUUGCUCCUCCCCCCCCUUCCCUCCCCAUGGUGUAGAUUAGGCUUUCAGCCUCUGCAAUGCUGCAUGCGGGGCUGGCCAAGGCUUGCCCCAGAGCGGCAAUAGCAGCAGGGAGGAGCCCCCCCUCCCCCAGGAGCCCCGCCCGCCCCGCGAGAGUGGAAAUGUACUGCGCCCUCCUCCCCCUCCCUCCUUGCCUCGCCUUCGUCGCGGGGCGUUUCCCUUGAGAGCGCCGGAAUGAAGUGCUGCAGCAGAACAGCGCCACCGCGCGGCCAAUACAAGUACCGGCCCGAGAGGAAUGCCUUAUGGACUGUUGCAAAUUUUAUCCUUGAGUUGCUGUGAGUUUUCUGGGCUGUCUGGCUAUGUUCCAGAAGCAUUCUCUCCUCACGUUUCACCCACAUCUAUGGCAGGCAUCCUCAGAGGUUGUGAGGUUUGUUGGAAACUAGGCAAGGAAGGUUUAAAUAUCUGUGGAAUGCUCAGGGUGGGAAAAAGAACUUUUCUCUGAGGCAAGUGUGAAUGUUGCAAUUGACUACCAUGAUCAGCAUUGAAUAGCCUUGCAGCUUCAAGGCUUGCAGCUUCCUGGCUUCGAAAACAGAUUUAUCCUUGAGAUGAGUAACUUUUAAAUACAGUAGAGUCUCGUUUAUCCUAUGUUCUGUAUUAUCCAACACAGUCUCCCUUUUAGUAGUCAAAUGUUUUUGUAGUCAAUGUUUUCAAUACAUUGAGAUGUUUUGGUGCUAAAUUUGUAAACAUGGUAAUUACUACAUAACGUUACUGUGUGUUGAACUGCAUUUUCUGUAAAUUUGUUGUAAAACAUGUUUUGUUACUUAAUUUAUAAAAUCACUAGCUGUGCCCGGCCACGCAUUGCUGUGGUGUAGUAUGGUGGUAUGGGAAAUAAAGUGUUGAGGAAUUGGUGGUAGUUAAGGUAAAGGGUAAAGGUUUUUCCCUGACAUUAAGUCCAUUUAAAAUGGGUAAUAUAGCUGUGUGGAAGGGCCUUGAGUCUACACUGCCAUAUAAUCCAGUUAAAAUCAGAUAAUCUGUAUUUUAUAGGCAGUGUGGAAGAGGCCUAAGCGAGGCCUAAUUCUGCUGUCCCCUGGGCUGAGUGGGUUGCUAGGAGACCAAAUGGGUGGAGCUUAGCCUUCUAACUGGCAGCAAUUGGAUAAAAACAAUUAGUCCUCUCCCUCUAAUUAGGACUUUAUUUUUCUUUUCUUUUUGUUGUAUGAAUGUAGAGGCAUGGAUGAGGGGUUGUGUUUCCAAGUUUAUUGUUUUGUUGUUUUGUCCUAGGUCGAAAUUUCAUUACCCUUUUAUAUAUAUAGAUGACGUAAUUUGAUGUUUAAUAGGCUUUUCCGUAAUCCCUCCUUAUUAUCCAACAUUUUGGCUUAUCCAAUGUUCUGCUGGCCUGCUUAUGUUGGAUAAAUGAGACUCUACUGUAUGUUUUCUUUUUAUCCGUGACUUCCUCUUAUUGUAUAUACUGUGUUGUGAUUUUGUUGUUAUAUGCCAAUGAGGAGCUCCCAGUGGCGCAGCGAGUUAAACCGCUGAGCUGCUAAACUUGCAGAUCAAAAGGUCAGCGGUUCGAAUCCAGAGAGCGGCAUGAGUUCCCACUGUUAGCUCCAGCUUCUGCCAACCUAGCAGUUCGAAAACAUGCAAAGUUGCUUGAGAGUUCCAGAGUCUACUGUGUAUGGAUUGAGCUCUGCAUAUCUUAGGGACCGUCUCUCCUUCUCCCAUCAUCGGAGGUCGCAACGACCAUCCCAACGAGACUUACUCUAUGUACUGGAUCCUAGAGAAGUGCACUUGGAGAGGACCAGGCGCCGAGCUUUUUCUGUUUCUGCCCCUGCCUUAUGGAAUGCCUUGCCGCCCUAUAUGAGAGCCAUGCGUGAGUUGGGGCCUUUUACCCUUGCACUCAAGACCUGGCUCUUUACUAGAGCUUUUAAUCUAUUUUGUAUUUUGUAUGUAUGUAUUUUUAUCCUUUUUUAUCUUGUAAAUCGCCUAGAGCAUCGUGGAUGGAGGGCGAUUAAUAAGUAAUUAAAUGAUGAUGAUGAUGAUAACACAAAUACAUAUCUUGUCGGUCCAGUUUCAGAUAUGUUUGAGAUGGUUUCUCUGUGCAGAUGACCCAGGGCCUCUUUCUUACAACAUCAAGCAAGUGUUUGCUCUUUACAGUCCAAAGUCUAAGAAGAAACUAAAAUGGAGCCUGAGGUCUGAGCAGUCUCAGAUCAGAUCAUGUGGUCUGCAGCCCCUCCCACAACCUCUCAGAAAACAUAGAGCAAAACAAGCUGCAUACCAGAACAUACGUACAAAACAGUAAGCAAACAGAAUAAUAGAUUGACAAAUUACUAGAGGAGGCUUGAAGAAGGUUGUAAUUUCCAACACAGUAUCCUUGAAUUGUGGUGCCCAGAACUGUACACAGUAAUCCAGAUGAGGCAAGUCACAGUCACACUCUAGUCUCACCUGGAACAACACUGGAUCCAGUUCUCAGCAUUACAAUUCAGUGAAGAUAUGGACAAGCUGGAAGGUGUCCAGAGGACGAUCAAAAUUAUCAAAGGUUUGGAGGCCAAGACUAUGAGGAAUGGCUUAAGGAGCUAAGUAUGUUUAGCUUGGGAAAAGACUGAGGGGACAUGAUAGCCAUGUUUACAUAUUUUAAAGGAUGUCACAUUGAGGCAUGGGUGGCAAUCAUGGGAAGUUUGGAGGAUGCCAUCACUCCCACCCACCUCUCCUAUGCCCAUCUUCAGCCUCCUGAUGUUGCCUUGGGUGCAAUGGAGAACCAUAUAUCUCUGGAAUUGAAGUGAAAUUCAGCUGCUAUUCUAGUUGACUUCUUUGGGAAAAACAGAGGCAAGAAGACACCUUGCCUGUCACCUGAAAAAUCAGAACGGCUUAGGCUGAAGCUACAGAUAAUGUGAAAGUUAGCCCAAAUCUCUCUGUACGCGUAUGUAUCAUGAGCCCUGCUCCAGUUUCCCAACCUCACCUUUGCUCUAAUCCUGCAAGGUAAUGCAAAUUUUGUCACUGUAUUUGAAGAGGGGGUUGGAAAAGGCCACCUAGUGAGUUCAAGCUUUAUUUCUGCUAUGCUUCUGCGACAAAGCAUCCAGAGCUGUUUCUGUAAAGCCAAUUCAGCGAACAACAAUGUGAAUAAAGCAAAUUAGAAAAUAAAGUAAUAUCAAAUAUUUUAUAAUAUAUUACUUACCUGGCUGACUGAAAAGGAGCAGGUUGAAAAUUGCAUGAUAAAAUGGGCCCAAAAUUUAAGAAGGCCAGUCCAGAUGAAAGAAUUGUGGAACAAAAAAAUUAAAAUAUACAUAUUUAUUUAUUUAUAUUUCAAACUUAUAUGCCACCACUCCCCUAGGGCUCGGAGCGGCUUACAAGAACUGGCUAAAAUCAACAAUUUAAAAAACAUCUUAAAAACAUCUUUAAAAAACAUCUUAAAAAACAUCCUAAAAGCACCUUUUAAAACAUCAACAACAGAACUCAAAAGCCUGUCAAAACAGGUGUGUCUUGCAUGCCCUGCGCAAGGCCGACAAGUCCCGCAAGGAUUUGAAAGAAAAUUGGAUAAAAAUGUUCCACAGAUGGUAUACUACACCAAAACAAUUAGCCAAAAUGUACAAAACAGUUUCUGUUAAGUGUUAGAAAUGUAAAGAAAAAGUUGGCUCCUUCUAUCACAUAUGGUGGUCUUGUAAAGAAGCAACAAAGUUUUGGAUGAAGAUUCAUGAAGAAUCACAAAAGGUUUUAAAGAGAAACUUUAUAAGAAAACCAGAAUACUAUCUAUUAGGAUUUACAGAUUUAGACUUACAAUUGACUGAACAAGAAGAUAAACUUUUCACUUAUAUUAUGACCACCGCUAGCAUUGUUUUCGCUAGAGAAUAGAAACAGGAAUCAGCUCCACCAAUUGAGGAGUGGGUGGAGAAGAUAAGAGAAAUAAUGGAUAUGGACGAACUGACUUUUUUGUUGAAGAAAAAUACAGGCAAGAUAAUGAAAAGAACGAAUUGGGACAAUUUGAGAAAAUGAAGAUUACGAGAGACAAUUUUACUAUUUUUUUCUUUAGUAAGGAAAAAUAUUAUUGAAUAAUAAGAAAAUAUUGUCCAAGAAGAUGGAAUGGAAGUCACUUUUUUGUUUUUUUGUGUGUGUGGGUAUAUUUUUGUAGAUUGUAGACCUUUAUCUUUCUCUCUUUUUCCUACUUUUCUAUACCUUCGUUGUUUUCUCUCUUGCGAUGUAGUAUAAAAAAUUUAAUAAAAUUCUUUAAAAAAAAACAAUGUGGAUAAAGCAAAUAAGCACAUUAGUGUUAUAUCCUGAACAUGUUAUAGCUUAAAAUGGGAACAUGUCAGAGUGUAGCUGGUUACACACAAGCUAGAAGAGGCUGCAGAAGUUUGCUUCUGUCUAAACCCACUGGGAUGGGCAAGACUCUGUGCCCUCCUGUCCCCGGCUAUUUUUGUGCAGCUGCCUUUUGCAUUGCAAACUCAGUGUGCAGCAAUGGAAGUAAAGUAAGGUCGAAGAGGGCAAUGAGAACAAGAAGAGAGGAACUGGGACACUUUAAAAGCAGCUGCAAAGCUAUGAUGGUGGAAGGUUAAUCGGGACUGUUGUCAAACCAGGACACUUGGGAAAUACUGUCCAGUUUAAUCUGUAUUUCUCUCAAGGUGUGAGUCCCAAGACUAGAUAAAGUAUUUGGAUGAUAACUAAUGAAGGAGAUGGGCCAGUCACAUGAUAAUGCCUUUUAUGUGCCCCUCACAUUUACUACCUGGAGCAAAUCUAUUUUAUUAUUUAUUUAAGGUAUUUAUAUUCCGCCUUUCUCACCCCGAAGGGGACUCAAGGCGGAUCACAAUGUACACAUACAUGGCAAACAUUCAAUGCCAUAUGAACAUAGAGACAGAGACAAAAACAGACACAGAGGCAAUUUAACCUUCUCCAGCUUCCAGCUUCCUGAGGGUAUGCUUGAUUCCGGCCACAGGGGGAGCAGCUGCAUCAUUAUCCACUGUGAUGUCGAGUCCUCAGAUACCUCCUCAUUCCAAACACUGCUGGAUGAUUUUUAUGGUGUCGUAAAUUAAAUUAGCCUCCCCACAUAAGUGAUACCUAAAUUUCCUACUUGAUAGAUGCAACUAUCUUUCGGGUUGCUUAGGUCAACAACGAGCAGGGCUAUUUUUUAUUGUAAUGGUUGGGUGCUCACUCUGACAGGGGUUGGCCUCGAACUCAUGACCUCUUGGUCAUAGUGAUUUAUUGCAGCUGGCUACUAACCAGCCUGCACCACAGGCUGGUUAUCUAAGUAUCUAUCAAUCUAGAACUCAAAUUCUUCUUCGUGGUGCUUCUGUGGAAAUCGCACAUAUGGGAUUUUCCCUGCGCCUGCGCAGUGUUCCGGAACCUUCUAGAAUCUCUAAAUGAAACAUUUUGGCGGCAAGCCCCGCCCACUCUCCCCAAUAGAGUAUAUAUAGCCCGGUGGGCGGGGCUGGCCCCAGUUCUUUUUCUCCGCCGCUCAGCAGCAGUUAGGAACCUUGAGUAUCUCAAACUUUAUUUUUGGCCGACUGGUUUGACCUGGACUGUUUUUUGGACACCCGUUGCCUCUCUCCUGCCUAUUUGAUCUCGGAAAGUACCUCGGAAAAGAUCUGAUUUGCCUCUCUCCGCCCUACAGACCUAGGAAAGGACUUGACUACUCUUAAUUAAGGCCAGUAUUAAUGGCGUCCUUCUUUAAAAAAUGUGAUGCGUGUGGGGGCACACUCCCUGAGGCGGAUGGCCACGCCAAAUGCCUCCUCUGCCUGGGGGAGAGCCAUAACCCUCAAUCCUGCCAAGUCUGCAGAGGUUUUACCCCCCAAGCGAGGAAAAAUAGAGAAUCGAGGCUUAAAGCCUUGCUAUAUGAACAGGCGCUAGCCCCAAAUGCCCCAGGGGCCCAGGAGUCCCGGCCAAGCCCAUCGGCCGCUGGAGGUGAUGAGGCCGUUGAGCCCUCGUGUCCACCACCUCGAGAGGCCUUGCAGAGUAUCACCCAAGAGGCGCCCGGAUUAGAAGAGCCCACCACUGUGGCACAGCCAUCUAAGGGCCUGAAGGAAGGCAAAAAGAAAACCAAGAAAACAAAACAUCUCAAUAAGGCCCCACGGGCCAAGCCGCUGCCUCAGUGCCAAUCGAGGGCAAGCCUCUCUCCAAGAUCGGACAACCCCCCUCCCUUGACUCCGAUCGAACCUCAGGCCUCGCAAGCGCUUUCCUUAUCAGGAAUUAUCCCUGCCCAGCCGGUGCCGUCACCACCGAGCGUACUGCAGGAGGCGCGGAACCGAGAAAGAAGGGGCAGAAGGUCUAGCUCCAGCUCCAGCUUGAGCAGCCCCCCUCCCUCUCCUAAGCGCCCCAGACGGGGUCGAUCAACCCGCCGCCGGCGAGGAGCUGCCUCAGCCAGCUCUGCUGACUCCUCAUCCCCACCUCGUGAGGGCUCUACUUACCGGUAUGGCAGGGCCAGCUCCUCAGCCCCUUGUCUUCCAUACCCUUUUUAUGGACAAGGGCUGCCUCCAUACCCAUUUUUUCCUCCUGGAUUCGACCCUUGGGAGCCCUAUAGGCAGUUUGCCGUUGCCUCGGCACCGGCGCGAAGCCACGCCUCCAUGGCGUCGGGCCCGACAGCGCCAUUGGAAGACAGCCGCCAUGGCCACGCCCCCACAAAGCCAGCGCCAUUGGAGGAGGCCAGCCAACGCCACACCCCAGCGAUGCCUAUGGUGCGCAUGCGCCCAGGGACUGAAACGCAGGCUGAAAUGGCAUCCACCUCCGGAGCUUCCCUUCCUAGGACGCCUGUCCCUCCGCAGCAGGAAGAAGCCCCUAGUGGAGUUGAAGAUAAGUCACUGGAAGCCCAGGCAGUAGUUUUAGACCCCCAUGAUGUUACUGACCCUGGGUCUGGGGAAGAUUUUAAGACUUUCUCAGCGCUUCUAGUUAGACUCUCGCGGGCCCUCAAUCUGCCGGCUCCAAAGCCUGUUAAAGUUGUUGAGGAUCCAGUUUACCCCUCUUCCAAGCAGCAUGGGCCUCUAACUACAUCCCUGCCGUCACUGCCAUAUCUCAUAGAACUGGUAAAGAAUGAAGGAGUCUCCCCAGCCUCCCUUCCUGCAACCCCCAGGAGGGCGGAGUUUUUAUACAAGAUUGAGCUUUCAGGGGCCCAGUGGCUAGCAGAGCAACCCAGACUGAAUUCUAAGGUAGUAGACGCUACCCAACCUAAGGCAGUGCAGAGGUCUCAACCAACUCCAACCGAUAAAGAAGGAAAAAAGCUAGAAAGUAUGGGCAAAAAGUUUUAUUCAUCAGCAUGCCUAUUCGCUCGGAUGGCACACUUCACAGCCUAUACAGGUGCUUAUCAAUCCUACCUGUGGGAGAAGAUGGCUCCAUACAUUGAUCUACUCCCAAUGCAGGACCAGGCGCUGGCAAAGGCGUUCCAGCAAGAGGCGUGUCUUUUGUCGGAAGUACAGAAGGAGCUGGCUAAGAAUGUGGCUGAUGCCUCAGGCAAACUCCUAGCUGGGGCCAUAUCCCUACGACGGCAUGCCUGGCUCCGGGCCGCAAACCUAUCCCCAUCGGCUAAGUCUGUCAUCGAGGACCUUCCUCUAGAUGAGGCAGGUAUUUUUAACCCGGACACAGAUGCCCAAAUUAAAGACACACACGAGGUGACACAGGCAGCUCACAAGUACGGUGUUCAGCAGACCUACUACUAUCAAAGACGUCGAUGGGGACAGUAUUAUCGAAGUAGAAGAUCCUCAUCUCCAGCGUUUAGAGGGCGGCAGAGGCCUUCCUUUCGUCCAUCGGGAUCCAGACGUCCUUCUUUUCCCUUCAAGUCUCAGCACCGAAGUGCAGGAAAGCAGGGUGAGAAGCAGAGGCGCCGGUUCUAGCUCACAGC